CUUCACUCUUCACGGCGUUAGCAACCCUUCACUGCCUUGAGCUCUUCCCUUUAUUGACUGCUAUACACCGUUAUUGAGCGACGUUAACGCCUUGAUAUUUCCCCGCCGGACCUCGCCUAAAUCUUUACCGACGACUACUGCGGUCUGCUCGCAUCGGAUCGGAGUAUGGACGCCUACUCUCCUUUACUAGAGAAAAUCCGCAUUCCUCAACCAUCGUUUCAGAAACUCGCAGUGAUUUCAAUCUUCGAGAAGCUUCGCUCCGCCCCUCCACACCUGGGCCCCGACUCCUACCCCGGAACUGAAGCCAUCACUCAGUGCCUCCACUCCGCCUCUCCCGCCGUCGUUGACCAGUCGGUCCGUGAACUAUGCCGCCUCGUCCGGGACUCCAAGCUCGACCUUUCUCGCGGCUUACUGGAGCUCCAGUCAGCCCUCGAAGCCACUGCUUCUCGCUUCGUAAAUCUCUUUGUCAGAGGUUUAGGCUAUCUCGUUCGGUUAGGUUUCCAGAACAACCCGCAUUCCUUUCAGUUUCAAGCCUCCGAAACUCAUCCAUUUGUCAUGAUACUUUCUAGCCGAAAAGAGGUCCAAGCCGAGCUUGUGCGACAGGUGCUUAUUUUCUUAGCGGAGUGUAAGCAAUGCGGCAUGGUGGAAGUUUGUCGAUUCCUAACACCUUUUCUAAAUUCUGCAAUUGUGCGGAUGUCCUCUUUAGUUUCUCUGACUUCAUUUGUCAGAGAUUUAUUAUCAUCAAUAGCAUCAUUAUGUUGUUCACUUCCUCAUGAGGCUAUCCCUAUUACCAAGCUACUAAUUGGGCGGAUUAAAUACUUUCCCUGUAAAAAUGAGGAUGACUAUACAGAGAUUUUUUAUUUGGUUGAAUGCCUAGUGGAUGCAUACUCUGUGGUCUUGAGGCAGCUUGUUGGAAAUGGAUUGCUAGUUCAUGAAGCUCAAUUAUGCAGUGUGGAACUACUGGAUGCUCUUUUCUCAUUGCAUAAUGAUCUUCUCAAGCCGGCAGGUUCCGUUGAGUACAUUUUAGAGGUAUCAAGGCGCUUAUUGGUUGUGCAGAAAGAGCUUGGCCUGAGUUUUUUACCUGAACUAUCAUCAGCAAUAUCGUUCAUUUUUAUAAUUCUUGUCCAUUCAGAGCUUGAACAUGAACAACUCUCUGCACUGAAACUGCUUUGCUUUAUCUUAAAGUGGAAAAAUGACAGUGGGAAAGAUGUUCAUAGAUCCUCAUGCCUAAUAAAUGAAGAGCUUUUAUUCAUUUUUCCUGUCAUCAACCUUGUAUACUCUCCAACUAAAUCAGUAAAGCAAGCUGCCAUCGAUUUGCUUUCUGUUUUGAGAAAGCUCUCAAUUAAUUUAUUGGCUGCACCAAGGACUGAAGUAUCAACUGAAAAGAAACAUCCUUCCAUAAGUACAUCUGCACACAUUGCUGUUAGGCUACUGCAGAGUUUGUGGCUUCAGGACCAAUCUUCAUUACCUGGUGUUUUCUAUCUAAACUUUGCCUCUGGUAUUGAGUCCUCUGUAGACAAGCACAAUAAAGCAAAACCAUGGACGUCCAUGUUAAGUGAGUAUAUGCAGCGAGUCAUUUCAAGAAGAAAGUCCUCUCAAUCGAUCUCUGAAUCUCACGAAAGCCUUCAUACUGAAAUGCCUUUGUUACUCGGUGGGAUUGCUUGUGUACUUCUUAUGCAUCAAAGUCUUGGACAUUCUGCUGGAGAUCUCUUGGCUAUUUGCAACAAGAUGGACCCUAAACUGGGUGUGCCAUUGAUGCUAGUCAUUCUAUUCUACAACCAUAUCUAUUCUGACAACAAGAAUGUUGUUUCCCAUGGCAUGCAGUUAAAACUCAUGGGCAUGCUUCCAUCACUUGCUUCACAUUCUGCAAUGUUACCUCUUGUAGUUCAAACAAUUCUACCGAUGCUUCAAAAAGACGAUAAAUCUGUUUUGUAUGCCACUGCAAUACGUUUGAUCUGUAAGACAUGGGAGUGCAAUGAUCGUGUCUUUGGAAGUUUACAGGGAGUACUACAUGCAAACAAAUUCACUGAGUUUGCUUCUGAUAGAGAGAUCUAUAUUAGUAUGGCUCUUUCCAUUUGUGAUGUUUGCAGAAAGGAUCCUGAUAGGGGUGUGGACCUUAUCUUGUCUGUUGAGGCUUGCAUUAAACACCAAGAUUCUUUUAUUCAGUCUCUUGGUCUUGAAAGCCUCGCCCAUCUUUGCGAAGCAGAUGUAGUAGAUUUUUAUACUGCCUGGGAUGUGAUAGCAAAACAGCUAAACUACUCUGGAAAUGCCACUGUUGCCUGCAGCCUCUGUCAUCUCUUAAGAUGGGGUGCGAUGGAUGCUGAAUCAUACACUGAAGCUGCUAUAGGAGUUGUGGAAGUAUUGUGGGAAAUCGGAACUUCUGCAACUGUUGGUCAUGGUUGGUCAAAAGCUCGAGCAUCUGCUUUUGAGGCAUUAACUCAUUAUGAGGUAGGUCAGUUUCAGGGAAGCCUUCCAGAUUUUAAUGAAAGGAAUUUGGAGUUUCUUACAUCUGAGACUGAUCUGGAGGUGUUGAGAGCCUUAGAAGCAUUGGAAGUCAAAAUCAUAAAUCAUGAGCACAUUACACGUAGAAGAGUGGUGAAGCAGAAAAGACUGCCAAAAAGCAAGAUUGAAAAGUUGCUAGAUGUUUUCCCUCAGGUCAUGUUUGCUUCAGGAAAUGGCAGAAGAGCUAGAGAAUUACCCGGUGCAGCUCUCUUUUGCCUUUCCUUCACUCUUAAAGGCUUGAAUAUGCCAGGAGCAUCAGAAGCAUUGCAAGAUGUACUAGAUAAAUACAAGAAUGCAGUGGUUGAGAUAGCUGACUCUCUUCAGCUCUCAAGGAAUGUUUUGAUUGCACUACUGGCAUUACAAUCAUGGAAACCAUUUAUGCAAAGAUGGAUAAGGGCUCGCAUCAUGCUACUUGAUACCAAGGUGCAUUCUGCUGUGUUGGAUAAAACUUCUAAUGCUGCUAAGGAAAUUUUGAAGUGUUUGAUAGAAAUUGCUGAAAGAUCUCCUCCCAGAUCUGCCGAGAAUAUUGCAUUAGCAAUUGGGGCUCUUUGUUCGGUACUCCCCUUAUCUGACCAUGCUAUUAAAUCAACUGCUUCAAAAUUCUUGUUGAGUUGGCUGUUUCAGCAUGAACACGAGUAUCGACAAUGGUCUGCUGCUAUUUCUCUUGGAUUGAUAUCAAGUUUCCUGCAUGUGACUGAUCGCAAGCAGAAAGUAGAAUAUAUUAAUGCACUUCUUGAGGUGUUAUCUGUGAGCAAAAGCACCCUUGUGAAAGGAGCCUGUGGAGUUGGGUUGGGUUUUUCAUGUCAAGAUCUUCUUACCAAGAGUGGUGCUGAAGAUAAUUUUCAUCUGAGUAAAGGAGCACUCAGAAUGGAGGAAAUAGAUUUGUUAAAAAAGAUCAUUGGGAGCUUAUCCAAGUUGAUAUGUGUGUUAACUCAAUCUUCAUCUGAUGUUCUGAUAAAUGCAUUUUCAUGGCUUCAGCUUGGAUCAGAUGAUUUUGAUUCAAAUAUCACCCCCAAGUUUCUUGGACAAUGCAGUGACGACUUUGAGGAAGAUGUGUGGGGUGUUGCAGGGCUCAUAUUGGGAUUAGGUAGUUCUGUUGGUGCAAUCUAUAGAGCAGGUUUUUAUGAUGCAGUUCUCAAUCUGAAAACCUUACUUUUUUCUUGGAUUCCCAACUUGAAUCCUUCCAUUCCAUUUCUUACUACCAGUGCAAAAAGUGAGCUUCUGUUCUCCGUGGGUGCUUGUCUUGCAGCACCUAUUGUAAUGGCUUUCUGUCACAGAGUAGAACUGAUGGAUGGUACUGAGAUUGACCAGCUAGUAGGCUGCUACAAGCAUCUUAUUUCUGAAUUAGUCUCUGUUCAAAAGUUUAGCACUCUUCAUCAGAGCUUGUUGAUGGCAUCUUGUAUUGGAGCAGGAAGCCUACUUGGUACCAUUUUGAAUGGAAGUCUGCACUCUUUGAAAGUUGAACAUGUUAAAGAUUUGCUGGCAUUAUUCAGGAAGAGUUACUCUGAUCCAAACCCUCCUCUUAUUCAUUUGGGUGCUACCAUUGGGGCAGUAAAUGCUUUUGGAGCAGGUGCAGGAACAUUGAUUCAAGAUCACCCUUCAUUCUCAUCACAUGCUACUAAUAAUCAAAAGGAAUCUUCUUACAUCAAUGGUCCAUUGCUCUCAAGUCCAGCAUUGGAGCCUGAUUUGACAUCACUAGUGCAGGAGAUUUUUCUUGUGGCACAAAAUCCUGAUGCUGAUCAACUGCAGCAGUAUGCUGCAUGGGCAGCUUCAUUCCUUAGGCAUUCUUUACAACUGCAAGAGCAUUAUAAUGAAGCUACUACAGUUAGUGGUGCAGGCACAAAGAAUGUCUCACACAUUUUUUCUGAGGACAGCACAGUUUUGAAGCUCUCUUUGUGGCUAAGUCAUCUGAAACAUCCUGGGACAGGUAAUAUUUCACAUGUUAACACCAUUUCAAUGGUUUUACGUUGUCUUGAGCACGCUCCCAGAUUACCAUCAUUAGAUUGGGGAGCAAUCAUCAGAAGAUUCAUGAGAUAUGAGAGUGAAGUUGCUGAAUUGUUGUCACAAGAUGUAACCUUCAAGAAAGGACAUCUGAGGGAGGAAUGCCUACUUUUCUCUCUAUCUCAUGCCCAUCAAUUUGAUCACCUCCUUAUCUUCCUUGAUGAACUCUGUGACUUUGCCAGGAUGAGGACACUUGAGCCAACUCUGCAAUCAUGCAUACUCGUACACCUGGCUGAUCUAACUAAGAUAUUCUCCAGCUCUCGGCUUGUGAAGCUAUUUAAUGAUGUUGCUUGUUUCUUAUCUUGGUUAGUUUCAUCUGGCCUUUAUAGUCCUGAACAGAAAAGCUCAUUAAGGUUUUCAUGCUGGAGAGGCCUUAAUCAGUGUUUGAAUGAAUCUUCUCUUGACACUCAAAGUUAUACGUCUGAAAUAGAAAACUGUAUGAAGGUUCUCUUUGAUUUGCUGCCCCAGUUUCCUUCUGUUGGCUCUAGAGAACUGUAUCAGGCAAAUAUCAUAGAAGAAUGGUCUGAAGCAGUUAGAUGCCUUGGGAAGUCUGAACAAGGAUGGUUAUUGGAUCUUCUGCAGAUUUCGGAGGUGAAUCUUAUAGAGGCAAAUGGUCAACAACUUGAAUCUGUGAAAAAGAUUCAAGUGAAAUCAAGAUUAGUUCAAACUGGCUCUGUUCCAUUUAGUGAACUUGGCAAACUUAAAGCUUAUAUGUUGAACUGCAGAUGUGAAGUUAUCUGGGAUGCUCUACUAGGAGUUACAGAGACUUUGCACUAUGCUGAUGGGAGUGUCAAAAGACAAUGGCUUGUUAACGCAAUGGAAAUUAGCUGUGUCUCAAAAUUUCCUUCCACGGCUCUGCAGUUUAUUGGCCUACUAUGUGGAAGCUGUUGCAGAUAUAUGCCUGUUUUAGUUGUAGAUCAAAUGACGGUGUUGAGUGACCUACCUGUCACACUAACAUCCCUUCUUUCGGAUAGCAACUGGGCAGUAGUAGCAGAAUCUGUUGUUUCUCAUCUGUGGUCAUUAACUUUACGAGUUUAUAACUUGGCAAAACAUACAGCAGAUGAUUACCCGCCUAACCAACUGCCUAUUGACAGUAGUGAAUAUGACAAGGCAGCAUUCCUCUUCCAGGUAUUGCACCAUUCAUGCAUUUCUCUGAAAAACUACCUACCCCCAGAGAAGCUACUUCAGUUGACGAACAUCACCAUCCAUUAGAGUUGACACCUUCAAGAAUUUUUUCUUAUCUUCCUCUGAGACUAUGUCAAUGUCACUCUCAUAUAAACAUAAGCUGUCCAUAUGAGAUUUUGAAGUAUAGCAUCAUCUAUGUAAAUCUUUUGUACAACUUUCUUUACACACACACAGGUUCAAGUUAAAACAUCUCUCUUAGUAAAAAGUGUGGAUACAUCCAACUUUCAUUUUGAGAAAUCAAAGGUUGGGAUCUUACCAUUACUUAA